AUGUCAUGUUCGGAAUGUUUUGCUGCUGAUCUGUUCCUCUCCCCUGCAGGUUAUGGACAUUUGUAUCCGAGUACGACGGCUGGACAGAUCUUUUGCGUCUUCUACGCUUUGUUUGGGAUUCCGCUGAAUGUGGCCUUUCUGAACGCGGUCGGGAGAGGACUGAACACCCACCUGGUGGCGCUGGGCCGUUGUGCGCAGCAUCCCGGAGGAUCGGGGAUGAUGAAGAUGAUAGUAAAGGGUCUUUUCCUCAUCACCGGCUCCCUCCUCUUCCUCGUCUUCCCUCCAAUGAUCUUCAGCUACGUGGAGGGGUGGAGCUACUGUGAAGGAUUCUACUUUGCCUUCAUUACACUGAGCACCAUCGGAUUCGGUGACUAUGUUGUAGGGAAGGAUCCCAGCAAACACUACAUAUCGAUGUAUCGAAGUUUAGCCGCGCUGUGGAUUAUAUUCGGCUUGGCCUGGCUGGCUUUGGUGUUCAAUUUGGUGGCAGAAUUGGUGGAAAAACAUUGGUGCAAUGGCGGAUGUUAA